AUGAGCAUCUGGCCUAAGAUCAGAAAAUCAGAUAAGAUAAUCAAUCGUGAUUCGCCGUUGCUGUCAAUCAGGCCACAGGGGGGGGGGAAGGGUCUACGAGCGAUUCAACUCCGGGGGAAGCCCGAGGGAUCUCCCAAGCCUUGUCACGGGGGUGGUGGUGGUGGUGGUGGGGGUUGGUCUGCUUUUCGCCGCGGCACCGAUUUCACAAACCGACAGACCGACAGCCAAGAGAUACAAAGUUCCAACCUGGGCAUCCUCUCAAAACAACGCGCGCGCCCUCGGUCAAGCCCGAUCAGCCCCCCAUUCCCUCGGAUCCGAGAUUACCUAGGUAGCCUGUAUCCACAUCGUGCCGCGCCAAGGCCCGCAUGGAUCAGGGCCGAUACGAUAGGGCUACCGGAGGGCGGUCAGGCGGGUUUGGCCAAUCAGCGACGGCCUAUUGUCACCAAAGCCGAUGCCGCGCUAGACCGUAUUGGGAUGCCGCCAGGGGUCUUCCGGGCAGAAAGGCGGAGGCAGAAAUGA